AUGCAAGCAAGGAAACCCUUAUUCGCGAUCUAUGCGAUUUAUGUUCUCGUGUUGUAUCUUCUCUUCAUUGAAUCUCCAAAGUCUGUUGUUCCUGAAAACAACUCACCGUUCAAACGAAACCUACCGCUCUCCAGAACCGAUGACCCCGUGAGUACUAGUAGUAACGUCAAAGUUGUGGAGAGCUCGGACCGUAACGAAACAGAAGAGCUAGAUCCUUUGGUACCUCCUCCUAAAGCUAGCAAGAUUGAGAGAAUUGACUGGUUUAAAAGAAAGCUACCUGAUAUGGAGAUACUGAAAUCGACUAGCAAGAGCAAGAGAUUCCAUUCUAGACUUUUUGAGUUGUACAACAACAACUGCUCAGCUCAGUUCUUUAUGGUUUGGCUUUCUCCUGCAAAAUCCUUUGGACCAAGAGAGAUGUUAGCUGUUGACACUCUCUUCACGACCAAUCCUGGUGCCUGCUUGGCAAUUUUGUCCAACUCCUUAGACUCCCCCAGAGGAGACACCAUCCUUAAACCAUUGAUUGAUCGAGGUUUCAACCUCAUUGCUGUAACCUUUGAUAUCCCGUUCCUCGUCAAGAACACUCCUGCCGAAGCUUGGCUGAAAAGACUUUUGAGUGGCCAGAUGGAUCCUGGUUCUAUCCCCUUGUUCAUGAAUCUCUCUAACCUGACAAGACUCGCAGUGCUCUACAAAUAUGGAGGAGUUUAUCUAGACACAGACAUCAUCUUCCUUAAUGUUAUAACAAGCCUAAGAAACGCCAUUGGAGCACAGAGUAUCGAUCCAAAAAGAAAGACAUGGUCAAGACUAAACAAUGCAGUAAUGGUCUUUGGCAUCUACCAUCCGCUUAUGAGAGAAUUUUUGCAUGAAUAUUCCACAACUUUCGACGGAAACAUAUGGGGACACAACAGCCCUUACCUAGUCUCUAGAGUUAUCACGAGACUAGGAAACAAACCUGGAUACAACUUCAAAAUCUUGCCCCCGGAUGCAUUCUAUCCAGUAAAUUGGAUCAAAAUCCCAAAGCUUUUCAAGAAACCUGCAACCACAAGAGAAGCAGAAUGGGUAGAGAAGACGGUACAGGACAUGAGCAAAGGGAGUUACAUGAUUCAUCUAUGGAACAAAGUCACAAGGAAGAUAAAGAUUGAAGAAGGAAGCGUCAUGUACAAUCUUAUCUCCACUCACUGCACAGUCUGCAGAAACAUCACAAAUUCACAUACUGUCUAAACAGAUAGAUACAAGGCUUCUAGUUUUUUCAAGGAAGCGUCAUGUAUAUAGUCUCAUCUCCACUCACUGCACAGUUCUACAGAAACAUCACAAAUUCUCCUACUUUCUAAACAGAUGCAAGGCUUCUAGUUUUUUCAAGGAAGCGUCAUGUACAGUCUCAUCUACACUUACUGCACAGUUCUACGGAAACAUCACAAACUC